GGUUCCGGUCCUGGCCCCCUGCAUCCUCCCCACACAGAACAGGGUCAUGAAAAGAGGCCGCCCGGCGGGGCCCGCAGGCGAUGCGCCGCGCCGGUGGCCCCCGCGGCCUUCGGGGCCCCGCUAGGAUGCUGCUGCUGCUGGCGCUGGCUUGCGCCAGCCCGUUCCCGGAGGAGGUGCCGGGGCCGGGCGGGGUCGGCGGGCCAGGUGGGGCGCGGCCUCUCAACGUGGCGCUUGUGUUCUCGGGGCCCGCGUACACAGCGGAGGCGGCGCGCCUGGGACCGGCCGUGGCGACAGCCGUGCGCAGCCCAGGCCUGGACGUGAGGCCCGUGGCGCUGGUGCUCAACGGCUCGGACCCACGCAGCCUCGUGCUGCAGCUCUGCGACCUGCUGUCGGGGCUGCGCGUGCACGGCGUGGUCUUCGAGGACGACUCGCGCGCGCCCGCCGUCGCGCCCAUCCUCGAUUUCCUGUCGGCGCAGACCUCACUACCCAUCGUGGCCGUGCACGGCGGCGCCGCGCUCGUGCUCACGCCCAAGGAGAAGGGCUCCACCUUCCUGCAGCUGGGCUCUUCCACAGAGCAGCAACUUCAGGUCAUCUUCGAGGUGCUGGAGGAGUACGACUGGACAUCCUUCGUGGCGGUGACCACACGAGCUCCGGGCCACCGGGCCUUCCUAUCCUACAUCGAGGUGCUGACGGACGGCAGCCUGGUGGGCUGGGAGCAUCGGGGGGCACUGCUGCUGGACCCCGGGGCUGGCGAGGCCGUGCUGGGGGCCCAACUCCGCAGUGUCAGCGCUCAGAUCCGCCUGCUCUUCUGCGCGCGGGAGGAGGCCGAGCCGGUGUUCCGGGCCGCGGAUGAGGCCGGCCUCACUGGGCCUGGCUACGUGUGGUUCAUAGUGGGGCCCCAGCUGGCUGGGGGCGGGGGUUCGGGGGCGCCUGGGGAGCCCCUGCUCUUGCCCGGAGGCGCCCCGCUGCCUGCCGGCCUCUUCGCUGUGCGCUCUGCUGGCUGGAGGGACGACUUGGCCCGCCGUGUGGUGGCUGGUGUGGCUGUAGUGGCCAGAGGUGCCCAGGCCCUGCUGCGUGACUAUGGGUUCCUGCCCGAGCUCGGCCACGACUGUCGCGCCCAGAACCGCACCCACCGCGGGGAAAGCCUGCACAGGUACUUCAUGAACAUCACCUGGGACAACCGGGAUUACUCCUUCAAUGAGGAUGGGUUCCUGGUGAAUCCCUCCCUGGUGGUCAUCUCCCUCACCAGGGACAGGACCUGGGAGGUGGUGGGCAGCUGGGAGCAGCAGACCCUCCGCCUCAAAUACCCGCUGUGGUCCCGCUAUGGGCGCUUCCUGCAGCCUGUGGAUGACACGCAGCAUCUCACCGUGGCCACACUUGAGGAGAGACCUUUUGUCAUUGUGGAGCCUGCUGACCCCAUCAGCGGCACGUGCAUCCGAGACUCCGUCCCCUGCAGGAGCCAGCUCAACCGCACCCACAGCCCUCCACCAGACGCCCCCCGCCCAGAAAAGCGGUGCUGCAAAGGUUUCUGCAUAGAUAUCCUGAAGAGGCUGGCGCACACCAUCGGCUUCAGCUACGACCUCUACCUGGUCACCAAUGGCAAACACGGGAAGAAGAUCGAUGGCGUCUGGAACGGCAUGAUCGGCGAGGUAUUCUACCAGCGCGCAGACAUGGCCAUUGGCUCCCUUACCAUCAACGAGGAGCGGUCUGAGAUCGUGGACUUCUCCGUCCCCUUCGUGGAGACAGGCAUCAGCGUCAUGGUGGCGCGUAGCAACGGAACUGUGUCCCCCUCGGCCUUCCUCGAGCCCUAUAGCCCCGCUGUGUGGGUGAUGAUGUUCGUCAUGUGCCUCACCGUGGUCGCCGUUACCGUUUUCAUCUUUGAGUACCUCAGUCCCGUGGGCUACAACCGCAGCCUGGCUACUGGCAAACGCCCUGGCGGCUCAACGUUCACCAUUGGAAAAUCCAUCUGGCUGCUCUGGGCCCUGGUGUUCAAUAACUCUGUGCCCGUGGAGAAUCCUCGGGGGACCACCAGCAAAAUCAUGGUACUUGUAUGGGCCUUCUUCGCCGUUAUCUUCCUCGCCAGCUACACAGCCAACCUGGCAGCCUUCAUGAUCCAGGAGGAGUAUGUGGACACCGUGUCUGGGCUCAGUGACCGCAAGUUCCAGCGGCCCCAGGAGCAAUACCCGCCUCUGAAGUUUGGGACAGUGCCCAAUGGGUCCACGGAGAAGAACAUCCGCAGCAACUAUCCGGACAUGCACAGUUACAUGGUGCGAUACAACCAGCCUCGUGUGGAGGAGGCCCUGACCCAGCUCAAGGCAGGAAAGCUGGACGCCUUCAUCUAUGACGCUGCUGUGCUCAACUACAUGGCCCGAAAGGAUGAGGGCUGCAAGCUGGUCACCAUCGGCUCGGGCAAGGUCUUUGCCACCACGGGCUACGGCAUCGCGCUGCAUAAAGGCUCCCGCUGGAAGAGGCCCAUCGACCUGGCGCUGCUGCAGUUCCUGGGGGAUGAUGAAAUUGAGAUGCUGGAGCGGCUGUGGCUCUCCGGGAUCUGCCACAACGACAAGAUUGAGGUGAUGAGCAGCAAGCUGGACAUCGACAACAUGGCGGGCGUCUUCUACAUGCUGCUGGUGGCCAUGGGGCUUUCGCUGCUGGUCUUCGCCUGGGAACACCUGGUCUAUUGGCGCCUGCGCCACUGCCUCGGGCCCACCCACCGCAUGGACUUCCUGCUGGCCUUCUCCAGGGGCAUGUACAGCUGCUGCAGCGCUGAGGCCGCCCCGCCGCCAGCCAAACCCCCACCCCCACCGCAACCGCUGCCCAGCCCGGCGUACCCCGCAGCCCGGCCACCCGGACCCGCGCCCUUCGUGCCCCGUGAGCGUGCAGCUGUGGACCGCUGGCGCCGUGCCAAGGGCCCGGGACCCCCGGGAGGCGCGAGCCUAGCCGACGGCUUUCACCGCUACUACGGCCCCAUAGAGCCGCAGGGUCUGGGCCUAGGGGAGACACGCGCGGCGCCCCGGGGGGCUGCAGGCCGCCCACUGUCCCCACCGGCUGCGCAGCCCCCUCAGAAGCCACCGCCCUCCUACUUUGCCAUCGUGCGAGACAAAGAACCGCCCGAGCCCGCCGCCGGCGCUUUCCGGGGCUUCCCUUCACCGCCCGUGCCGCCCGCUGCCUCCGCCGCUGUCGGGCCGCCACUGUGCCGCCUGGCCUUCGAAGAUGAGAGUCCGCCGGCGCCCACGCGCUGGCCGCGCUCGGACCCCGAAAGCCAGCCGUUGCUGGGUCCCAGCACGGGUGGCACAGGGGGUACGGGCGGGGGACCCCCGGCGGCGCCACCACCCUGCCGCGCUGCACCACCACCCUGCCCGUACCUCGACCUUGAGCCAUCGCCGUCGGACUCUGAGGACUCGGAGAGCCUGGGCGGUGCGUCGCUGGGCGGUCUGGAGCCCUGGUGGUUCGCCGACUUCCCUUAUCCAUACGCGGAGCGCCUGGGCCCACCGCCGGGCCGCUACUGGUCGGUCGACAAGCUCGGGGGCUGGCGUGCUGGCAGCUGGGACUACCUGCCCCCGCGCAGCGGCCCAGCCGCCUGGCACUGUCGCCACUGCGCAAGUCUGGAGCUGCUGCCGCCGCCUCGUCAUCUCAGCUGCUCGCACGAUGGCCUGGACGGGGGCUGGUGGGCACCCCCACCCCCACCCUGGGCUGCUGGGCCACCGCCCCGGCGUCGAGCCCGCUGUGGGUGUCCGCGGCCACACCCUCACCGCCCGCGGGCCUCGCACCGGGCGCCCGCCGCCCCAGCCGCUGCCCCGCAUCACCACCGGCACCGGCAUCGGCACACCGCCCCGGGCUGGGACAUCCCACCACCCGCGCCCACCUCGCGCUCGCUUGAGGACCUCAGCUCGUGCCCCCGCGCCGCCCCCGCGCGCCGGCUCACUGGGCCCUCGCGCCACGCACGCCGGUGCCCACACGCCGCGCACUGGGGGCCGCCCACUGCGCCCCACCGGAGACACCGGGGCGGGGAGUUGGGCACCCGCCGGGGCUCAGCACACUUCUCCAGUCUGGAGUCCGAGGUAUGACGCGGCCCUGGGCCCCCAGUUCCCCCUCGGUCAGCGCAGGCCACGGCCCGAGGGGGCGCACGGUGUGGAUGGGACCCGCGUGGGGUUGGCAAGGGAAGAUACAGAAGUGGCCGGACCCCGCCUGGAGCCACGCCCUGAGCGCCCUCGUUUUGGGUGAACCAGGAGUCGGAGUGGGGACUUUGCCUCCCAACUCACCCAGCUGAAAGCGAGGGGGCAGUGGUAUCAGACCACCGGACUUUUUUAAAACCCGACAAGGGCUUUUUAACUUCACCAGUGGGGGUGGGAGGUGGGGAAUGGUCACUCCAUGCCCGCGCCCCACCCCAACGCCCGGGGCCGCGGCCCCCACAUCACUGUGCAGCUCCCCGGCCCCAGCUACGCCUCCGGGGAAGCCCGUUUUUAACCUUUCAUCCAUCGGGACUCAAAACUGUGAGACGCGUUCGCCAAACUGUGACCCCAGACCUUGGCCCCGCCACACGGAAGCCCCUGACCCCAGACUGUGACUUCCGACCCCUGAAAUGGUCAUCCGACCCUAGACUGUGACCCCUGGCCCCAAACUGUGACCCGACCCCCAGACUGUGCCCUGACUAGACUGGGACCCUUGACGCCAAACCUUGACUCUCCCUGCCCUCCGUUCUCCCCUCAAUUGCUCUCCCGUACUGUGACCUAGGACGCCCUCCCAACGGAAGCCUCGCCUUCUCUCCCCACACCCACUGGGACUCCACACUUCCUUAGGCCCAAACUUCCCACCCAGUCUUACCGCCAUAUCAGCCCCACGUGCCCCCAACCACAUCUGCUCUAAAUCCAACCUGUAUUCGCCACCCUGCAGUAAUGACUCACCAGACCCCCAAAGCCUCCUCUGUCUGGGUCCCCAGCCGGGUCUGGGGCUGGGCGGUAGAGGAGAGGGUCUGGAGUUCACACUUGACCACCAACCUCCCUUCCCACAAUCCUGUUCCACAUUUCAGUGUUUGGAAUAAAUGAUGUUUUUAACGCCUCCU